AUGAAAAAGAAGGUAAAGAUUCUGAUUGGGGUGGGUGUUGCGUUGUUGUUGGUGGCGAUUUUAACCGUAACGUUGGUAAUUGUUCUUCGAAAAGAAGAAUGGAUCGUCCUAGAAAGAAGCUUUUCUUCUUUAAAUGAUCAAUGCACACCCGACUGGAGUGGGAACAGCGAUUGGAGGCGUAAAAGAUGUAAAAUGCCCCUCAUCUGUGCAGCUGCCAGAGACCAAAAGACAGGUUAUUGCCGCAUGCCUUGGAGUGAGGGUGAAGGGAAGAGCUGCAGUGCUUCUGUGCAUUUAUGCUCUCCUGGGUUGGCAUGCGAUCCUUAUUUAAAAAUAUGUCGUCGAUUAAUAAGCGUUGGAGGGAGUUGUACGGAGCAGAACGCGUUUAUGUGCGAGUCUGGUAUAUGCGGCUUUGCUGCUACACAGACAGUUGAGGGGGAGCCUCUGGGGGGUCGUCAUUCUCUUUCUAGGUAUUGCAUUGUUAAAGAUCUUCCCCCUGGGGCUGCAUGCGAUAGAUUCAGGCAUUGCGUUUCUGAUUGUCUUCAGUGCGUACAGGGUACAUGCAAACCCGUUUUCUCGCCGCUGCAGCAGCAGCAAAACCUCAUUGAACAGCAGCAAGAACUCAUGCUGCCCUUAGCUGUCAACGGAUUCAGUGCAGAGCAGCAGCAGCAGCAGCAGCAGCAAGUUGACAGUUCUCCGCAUCACCCACAUGCGAUGGAAACCAGAAGGCUGCAACACAUGCAGCAAAUCAGCAGCAGCAACAUAAAUGCUGCUGUUGCUCCUCAGGACCCCAACCAACCAUUCGUUUCCUUCCAGCAGCAGUUGCAGCAGCAGCAAAAACAACAACAGCAGAACCAGCAGCAGCAGGAGGGGCCUCUCGACGAGGCAACUGUGCGUGCGGCCUGGGAGCAGCGAGCAGCAGAGGCAUCUGCACUGCUUGGAGAGCCGGUAACUGCAGCAGAUUUGUCGCUUUUCUUUUCUCUACCACGAGACAAAGACGGAGUUCCUCUGCAAACACGAAACGAGCAAAAUGCUUCAAAUAUAGAGCAGCAGCUGCAUGGGCAGCAGGCUCCCUGGAACCAACUCCAGGAAAGCAGCGCCUUUCCGGAGCAGCAGCUGCAGCUGCCCCCAACAGCAGCGGGAGGAACACCAGGAGCAGCAGCAUCAACAACAGCAGCAACUGGGUCACAGCAAAGGCCGCUGCUGAAUGGCUCACUAGCUAAGAGGUUAGCGCGUCUCUUCACAGGCGUCUCGUAUGCAUUUUCUCCUGAGACUGCCAACCUCCAGAUGUGGGGGCCCCCUAUGCAUGGGUUCCCUUCUGCCUUGCCGCCGCAGUUGGCGCAGCAGGCGCAAGCUGCUAAUCCUGCUGCUGCUCUUGCUUAUCCUCGUACUGCUGCUCCUACCGCUGCUGCCAUUGCUGAUCCUGCAGCAGCAGCAGCUGCUGCUGCUGGCGGCCCUCAGAACGCGUACUUAUCAACAGUCUUGCCCAGCAGUAUGCCGCUGCAGGAGGCGGAGCAGCAGGUAUCUCCGCAGCAGCUGCAGCAGCUGCAGCAGCUGUUGUUGCAGCAGCAACAGGGUGCAUCUCCGUUUGAUUCUUCCUUGGAGGCAAUGGAAGCUGGAGAAGCAACGGCAGCAAAUCCCCCUUCGAAGCCACCACCAGCAGCACCAGCAGCACCAGCAGCACCAGCAGAGGGAACUCUUACCUCUGAGGAAGAAGGCGAGCCUAUUCAGGGGUUGGUGUUUCCAGGGCUUUUGGGUCCCGCUAUAAAGCCCUUUUCUGUGCUUGGGUAUCCUGGGAAGAGGCCCACGGGGCCCCUUCCUCCCCCCUUAGCCUCUUCUCCUGCCUUGAAUAUGCAACAGCCUCCUCUUCCGUCACGCUUACCACCAACAGGGCCCCCCAUAGCAGGCGCUAGCGCUGCUGUUGCUCCUCUACCUCCCCUCAGUACUGUGCCUCUGGGAGCUAUCGGAGGCGCUGGUGCCUUAGGGUCCCCUGCUGCUGCUGCUGCUCUGGGAGGGACGGGGGCCCUCACACCGCUGAUGCCUCCUGCGGGGCUCCCCGGUGUCGGGGGGCCCUUGUUGGGGCCUCUCCCCGGUCGCUUUCCUACGGACUAUAAAGGGGGGUGUUGGAUCGACCGCUGCUGUGCCUCUCACCACUACUGUUCUUUCCUCCACGCUUCUCAAGGCUGUCAACUGCGGAAGCGGGAGGGUGCCUCCUGCGUGGGUGAUAGCGAAAGAGAGUGCGAAGACCGCCUUUCUUGCAUCAAUGGGGAGUGCAGCCCUUGGUUUACCUCCAGGCAUGCCUCUGCUGGGGAUACCAUCAUCUUGACGGACAAUGUGGACUUAGACAGCGUCUGUGCGCCUUGGCAGCGUUUUGAAUAUGGAGCCCCUGGGGGAGGGGGGCUCCCAGGAGGCCAUGGAGGUGGGGGGGGCCUUGGGCCCCCUCAGCUCGCACUGCCCUCGCCUCUAGAGGCACCGAACCCGUAUGCGAACAACUUAGGCCGAGAUAUUGUGCGAGUCGCAAGUGCAGAACUCCCCCUUAUCCUGCAUGUUUGUCUAUACUACGGGAUUUGUAUUUUUGUCUCUGGCAUGAAGGGCGCCUACGAGAAAGCACAGAACAGUAUAUUGUGA